AUGUGGUCGUUCCAGACUCAAGGCGAUAAGAAAGGCGACAAGGCGGUCGAAGAGGUGAACAAAUGGUUGCAAAUGGUCAAGAGCAUUAUUUACGGGUCUGAAACACAGGAUCCUCACAGCGAGCAGGUUGCACAGCUCGCUCAGGAGACCUAUAACGCUAAUGUCUUACCGAUGCUAAUAAAAAAUUUGGCCAAAUUGGAUUUUGAGAGUAAAAAGGAUGUCGCGCAAAUUUUCAACAAUCUUCUUCGUAGACAGAUUGGAACUCGCUCACCCACUGUAGAAUACCUAGGUGCUCGUCCUGAAAUGCUAGUCCUUCUUGUAAAUGGCUAUCAAAAUGGUGACAUUGCUGUGACAUGUGGCCACAUGCUGCGCGAAUGUAUUCGUCAUGAUCAGUUGGCCAAGAUUUUGCUGCAGCAUGAAUCGUUUUACAAAUUUUUCGCAUAUGUCGAGUUGUCCGCUUUCGACAUCGCUUCAGAUGCCUUUGCGACGUUCAAGGUACGUUAA